AUGAAGUGCAAGCCACGCAAGCUGGCCAGACUGAGGGGACUAAAAAUUACCCCUCAGGGCAUGGUUAAGAUGUUAAGCUGUAAUGUAAGAGGCCUAAAUGGCCUCAAUAAGCAGAAGGAGGUUCGGCUCCUCUGCAAUGAACAAGAAGUUGGGCUAGUUGGGUUGUUAGAAACACGAAUAAAAACCAACAAGGUUAAUAUGAUAGUUGAUAGUAUGUUCAAUGGCUGGCAUCACCAUAGCAAUCACGCAUCCCACUAUAAUGGAAGGAUAUGGAUCAUAUGGAGGCCGGACUGGUUUGAUAUUGAUAUAGUACAGGAGAUGGCACAAGCUGUCACUUGUCGGGUAAAAUUCAUUCUUAUGCAACUUGAGUUCGUGGCAACAUUUGUGUACGCCUAUAAUGUAAAGGAAGAUAGGAAGAUGUUGUGGGAUCAUUUAAGUCAUCUAAGUGUGAAUCGUAAGGAGUCGUGGAUAAUAUUGGGAGAUUUUAAUGCCGUGCUGCAUCGAGAUGAUAGACUGGGAGGAAAUCCAGUUACUCUAGCUGAGGUAACUGAUUUCCAAAACUGUAUUGAUAACUGUGGUUUGGAGGAAAUGGCCAAUUCAGGGAAAAAGUAUACAUGGAGUGAUAAACAGGCUGCUCGGAUUUUUUCAAAAAUUGAUAGAGUGUUAGUCAAUGGUGAGUGGGUGGAUCAGAUGCCUCCUAUAAAUGCGCAUGUACUACCAGAGGGGAUCAGCGAUCACUGCCCUAUAGUGGUUCAGAGUUUGCAAACCUCAUCUAUAAAGGUGAAAUCUUUCAAAUAUUGCAACGUAUGGAGCACCCACCCAGAUUUCGGGGAUAUCAUCCAAUCGUGUUGGAGCCAGCCUAUUGGGGGAUGUAAGAUGUUUCAGGUAGUGUGCAAACUGAAGGCACUAAAACGUCAGCUAAGAGUGUUGCACAAAGUGAAUUUCUGCAACUUGAUACAACAGGUAAAUCAUGAUAGAGUGGCAUUGAGGAGGGUCCAACGUCAACUGCAGCAGACCCCAUUGAAUGAUGCUAUACAAAGGGAGGAAAAGGAAUUAAAUGUUAAGUUCCGAAGAUCAAGUUUCUUGGCUGAAUCAUUAUUACUACAGAGGAGCAAAGUAACUUGGAUAAGGCAAGGAGACGAUAAUACCAAAUACUUCUUCUCUGUGAUUAAGAAGAGGAAGCUGAUUCAAACCAUCACUCAAAUUCAGGAUGAACAUGGGCAACGACAGCAUGAACAAGCACAAAUAGCAGAGGUGUUUGUGAGGUAUUAUCAACAACUCUUGGGUGACUCUGGGGGCCCAAGGAAACCAGCCGAAGAUAGGAUAUUUGCACAUGGGCCUACGGUAUCAGCAGAACAGCAAUGA